AUGGCAGCAGUACCGAAAAUGUUAGCUAACAUUUUGUUGACGCGUCACUGCCAGCCUCUUAAAUUAGCCUCAUUUGAUGGCCCACCUCAAAGGAAGGUUCAGCUAAGGCUUCGAAUGACCUGGAUACGUGUGGAGGCUGCAUCACAGGGCCGGGGUGCGGCGAAUCGAUGCGUUGCCAUGGCAACUGCGACGUCUGCCGAGGGGCCUGCGCUCUACUAUCCCUUUCUGUCUCGCUUCGAUAAUAUCAUAUCACCGCAGCGUCUUUAA